GCGGCUCGGCGGAGCUCCGCGCGCUCACGUGCGUCCUGCGAGACGCGCCGAACCCGGCGCGGGAGCCGCGCUGCGCCGACCGCAGAGCCACGGCCACGUGGGUCGAACCUGAUCCGACGGGCCUCGAUCUUCUUUUUGCCCUAAAACUGAAAUCAAGAUUUAAGUUUUUUGUUUGUUUGUUUAUUCGUUUUAUAAGAUUAGGAUGCCCCCCGAACGUGCGCGUAAAAAGUCUGAUAUUAUUACCUUGCGUGCGCGUAAAGUGGCUCCGCGUUGGUGCUUAGCGCAGAAGUGAGCAGGGGUCUGGACCCCAGUGAGUGUGUGAGAGCGACAUGGAUGCGACACCGGACCCUUCGACUCCUUCUUUGACCUCCUCACUCGAGGAGCCCGAAGACUGGUACAACAACACGAACAGGUUCGAGCAGCCGGGCUGGCAGGUCGCGCUGUGGGGCGUCGCGUACGCGCUCAUCGUGGUCGUGUCCGUGAUCGGCAACAUCACCGUGAUCUGGAUCAUCCUGGCGCACAGGAGGAUGAGGACGGUGACCAACUACUUCAUCGUGAACCUCGCGUUUUCGGACGUUUCCAUGGCCUCCUUCAACACGGUCUUCAACUUCGUGUACGCGCUGCACAACGACUGGUACUUCGGCUUGGGCUUCUGCAGGUUCCAAAACUUCUUCCCCAUCACCGCGAUCUUCUCAAGCAUCUACUCGAUGACCGCCAUCGCCGUGGACAGGUACAUGGCAAUUAUCCACCCGCUGAAACCUCGCCUGUCCGCCACCACGACCAAGAUAGUGAUUGCACUCAUCUGGGCUGUGGCUUUCUCCCUGGCCUUCCCUCAGUGCUUCUACUCCAAGACCUUGUUCUUCUUCCACCGCACAGUGUGCCUCGUGGACUGGCCUGAUGACUACGGGGGGAAGCAUCAGCUCACGUAUCAGAUCGCUGUGAUUAUUUUGAUCUACGUGCUCCCACUGUUGGUGAUGCUGGCAACGUACAGCCUGGUGGGAAUGACGCUCUGGGGAAGUGAGAUCCCUGGGGAGGCCUCGGAUCUCUACCAGAACCAGAUUCGGGCGAAGCGUAAGGUAGUGAAGAUGAUGAUUGUGGUGGUUCUGACUUUUGCCUUCUGCUGGCUGCCCUUCCACAUCUACUUCCUCCUGGGCAGCUUCAACGAAGACAUCUACAAGAAGAAGUACAUCCAGCAAGUCUAUCUGGCCAUCUUCUGGCUGGCCAUGAGCUCCACUAUGUACAACCCCAUUAUCUACUGCUGUCUCAACAAAAGAUUCCGGUCAGGGUUUCGGAGGGCGUUUCGCUGGUGUCCCUUCAUCCGGGCAUCCGAGGAGGACAACAUGGAGCUUCAGCACACUAGGACAUUCCAGAUGACCCGGAGCUACCGCACUGAGACCAGUUCAGUGGCUCACCAGGCUUCCACCGAGCUCGAGGACAUCAUCCCCAAGUUGAUCAAGGCCUAGAAAACCCAUUUGGUCCUAUCCCCAUACUUUACCUUCUGCAGACAGGAAUGCAUAACAGAUAAAGGACACAGUUGGGGACUGAGUCUGCAGUAUGAUUCUGUCAAGUUACCUCAUUGAGAAAUCAUCUGUAGGUGGGCUGACAUUUUGAAGUCAAACAUGGAGUGAACAAUGAUACACUCCUAAGGCAAGAGCACUAUGCCUUACUCAUCUUGCUGAAACG